CCUUUGCUGUACAGGAAGGCAAGGCACCAUUGUGAGGCAAGCACCUGUUGCCAUAACAACCGACUCCAGCAAAGACUCGCCAGGGACAGCUUGGGCCUGGGCCAGAGGGAUCCUGUUGGGAAGAAACCUUCACAACCAGAUUGUGAAGCAAGACAGAUGUCGCCUAGGCCAUCCCUGACUGCUGGACCCAAGGCCCGUGUACCCUUAAUUUUGCCCUAGAGAGCUCAGCCUUACCGGACUCAGCAGCAGGACUGCAAUGGCAUCCAUAGGACCUCCUGCUCACCUGCUGACAGGUAAGGUAGGCUCAGAAAAAUGGCACAAGGACAACAGGAACACUGUACUGCAAGCCAAGGAGCUGACACGAGAUUAUGGGCAGCAAGCCCUCGACCUCUGGAGGGCCCCUGGACAGCCUGAGGAGACACCAUACGAGCGCAAGGUCAGGAAGGAAUCCUGGAAAUUCAAGCUUGAUGUGUCAUCAACUGGAGAGGUGAACAGAAAGCCACCAGAAGGGCCUGGAGUGACCCUGUGGAAGUCCAAACUCAAGCCUCCCCCUUGGGUCUGCAAGAUGGCCCUGCCCUGCUUCCGAGACUACUUCAACACCAAGAACAACGAAUAUGUGUCUCAGUACACCAGGGAGACACGUCAAGUGGUGAGCCGUAUGCGCCAGGCCCUGGCAGAGAUAAACGAGCAGUUCAAGGCCCUGGUGCGUGAGAGAGAAUCGCUUAAUACCACGCUGGCCAGGAUCCGCCAAAGCCUCAUCACCAACAAGCAAACCCAAGCCAUCCGGGAGCACAGACCAACACUGGAGAAGAUACCUGACAAAGUGGAUGCCUUGAUGAAAUGGGAGAAGGAGGAGUUACUAAAACAGAAGGUCAAGCUAGAGGGUGUGAUGGCCAUGUCAGAGGAUCACCUUAAGGCGCUGGGCACAUGUCGGCAAGCCCUAGAAACAGCAUGUGAUGAACGCAGUCGUGUGCUGGACCUGAUGCCACAUCCUUUGCGCAUGGUUCUUCUAGAGGCUGGGCGUGAUUCCUGGCUUGGACUGGACCGGCCCUCAUCCCCCUGGGUAGAGCGAAACCAGACACCCAACCCAGACCCCAUCGGACCUUACACGCCAGAGUGUGAGGCAGCUCUUGAUGAUGCUCGGCGCCUCACCUUUGUUUCCAAGGACGUGAUGCAAAAGGUGAAAGAGGCCAUCAAACUGGCACAGGACACUCGCAACACAGCCUACACCACCAUUGCAAACAGCUUGCAAGGCAAAAGGGACGAGACUAUGCGUCACAAGGAACGGCUAGAUAUGGCCUUGGGAGGAACCCGCGGCACCCUGCACCGCUGCAAACGUUUCAUGCAUGAGAUGUGCGUCACCCAAGGAAUGACCCUGGGUCCUGAAAACAGCAAGUACUUGGAGACACGGGAGAAACUGACACGCCCGAUGGUGCAGGUGUUUCAAAGACAUGUAGGGACGCAGCUGCCCGAAGCCGCAAUUCUCAACAAGUCCACUGCGCUGUUAGAUCGCUCCAUAAAGGACACAGCCAAGAACAUUCACAACCUACAGGACACAAGGCAGCACCUCCAGCAAUGCAUUCACGACAAGGAGACUGGCUACGGUGUGGAUGGCAGCAUCAAACGCCUACGACAGCGCCGCAUACACCCCCGCACCUGCCUGCAAGAGACUCUUGAUCUGGUCUACUCCUAGGAAGCUCACAAAUACUUAUAGAGAUCAUGAAAAUAAA